GCAUGCUGUCGCUCUUCGUCGCCCUGUUCUGCCGGGACAUCUUCGUGGCACUGCAGGUGCCUUCCAACGUGGAGCUGGACAUCAUUCUGACCGUGGUGUUCUUCUUGUUCUCUCUGGAGUUUGUCUGCCUGUCGCUGACCGAUAUCACAUAUCUCUUCAGAUUUUUCUUCUGGAUGGACAUCGUCGGGACGCUGUCGUUGGUCUUCGACCUCUCCUACAUGCUCGGGCAGGACGCCACGGAGCCAACGAGGGUCAAUGCCAGCAGCAACUCGGAGAACACCAUUGUCCUCCGCGCAGCUCGCGCCGCGCGGCUGGGUGCGCGCGCUGGGCGCCUGACACGGGUAUCCCGUCUGCUGCGCUACGUGCCCUUCCUGUACCACUCCGCCGAGGGCGGCGGCGAUGCCAAGCUGUCGAGGGUCAUCCAGGGCAAGCUCAACUCGGUGCUGUCCAAGAGGGUCGCCUUCCUUACCCUGCUCAUCAUCUUAUCCUCCUCCUCCCCGGUGAUUCCCUUCGCCGACCUGUUCAGCUACCCCGAGACGGAGCACUCCUUCGGCUCCUGGCUCGAGCUCCUGUCCAAGGAC